UUGCUUCUCUUCUUUUAGACAUACACGAGUUUCAGUCAUCUUUCUUUCACUUCUCAUUGCUGGGUGGUGGUCGGUUAGCUCCCAUGCAUAGCUAUGGGCUAUGUUGUAGUGAUUAAUCUGCCUGCUUGGCUAAUCUGCCGUGAAUUGUGGAUCAUAAUUAUGCGAAGUGGAAUGUGUUUCGCCUCUGGUAUGGACAUUCCUGCCACUUUAGAUCAUGGCUUUUGCUACUGUAGUUUGACAACUAGCUCCUGCAAAUGUCCUGGCUUUAUUGAUGUUUUUGAAACGUGUUUGCUUGGCUAUCUGGAAUAACACCAGCUAAUGCCACCCACUAGUGUAAUUUAGCGUGAUGUAGCUAACGUUAGCUCGUGAUGUUGGAUACUCCUGUCAAAAUAAUCGAUAAGGCUGUUGACAGACGCCAGAUCCAGGCCAUCUUAACAUGCAAUUUGACUCUCUGGUGUCGGUGUUCGCCGAACAAUCGACCCCUUUCCUUUCUACACCUGGUAGCCAUAAAUUGCUUUUCGUGAGAUGCAUUCGCAGCAUGACGCGUGAUGCCCAUCUGUCAGCCAGUUUUUUUCAGGGCAUAGCGCUACUAGUCACGUUGGCACGACUCUGUGUUGCUGCACUGUGAGUUGCAUUAACUGUCGUUUAUCAGCAUGUAUUUGCUGUAUCACUCCAACGACUUGGUCAAUGACAACACUUUGGCCUCGGGGCAGUAGCAUGGUGGUGUCUUUCUUGCAUUUCCAGGAAGGGGCCAUUGAAGGCGUUUGUGAGCUCAAAUAAAGUUAACCCGGUGAAGAUGUCUGGAGAUAUCCCGCUCAACAUCAACAUCGCGGAGCCGCGAUGGGACCAGGGCACCUUCAUGGGCCGCGCCCAGCACUUCUUCACGGUGACCGACCCCAGGAACGUGCUGCUGUCCGGCGCUGUGCUGGAGGACGCACGGGUCACCAUCGAGGACUACAGAAAAGGCAUCGUGCGGCCCGGCCUGACGGAGGAUGAGUUAUGGAGGGCUAAGUACAUCUACGACUCCGCCUUCCACCCGGACACCGGAGAGAAGAUGAUCCUGGUGGGACGCAUGUCUGCUCAGGUGCCCAUGAACAUGACCAUCACCGGAUGCAUGCUCACCUUCUACAGGACGACCCCGGCGGUGGUCUUCUGGCAGUGGGUCAACCAGUCCUUCAACGCUGUCGUCAACUACACCAACCGCAGCGGAGACGCCCCCAUGACAGUCAACCAGCUGGGGGCAGCGUACGUCAGCGCCACCACUGGAGCAGUCGUUACAGCGCUGAGCCUCAAGGCCCUAGCCAAGCGUCUGCCUCCCAUCAUCAGUCGGUUCGUUCCCUUCGCUGCUGUUGCCGCGGCCAACUGCAUCAACAUCCCCUUCAUGAGACAGAGGUGAG